UGUACUAUAAGUUAUUAAAGUUGAAUAUUAAGGAGGUUACAUAGACGAGAUUUGGAAGUACCAGUAUAAUACAGCAACCCAAAAUUGUUUUUAUUUUUUUCUUUUUUCCAUAUAAUCUGUAUUCUUUGUCUAAAUUUUCUUCUAAAUUUCUUUCCCAAUUAGCUUCGACUAUAUCAGGAAAAAGAAGUGCAGGUGAAGAGCUCCAAAAAAUCCGGGUGCCCUAGGUCGAGAGUUUUGAGAAUUUCUGCUCGUCCGGCUGCGCUCGAAUUGGUGGGUGUUUGCCUCGCCGCUAUUGGGCCCCUGCAGGAUGGGUGUAGAAUGCUAUUGCUCGGGGAGUUAAGAGGGAGAGGCUUCAGACUCAAGGUUUGGAACGGGGCAGGGGUAGGUUUCCAGACGGAAUCUCUAGGUGUGAUGGCGUUGUGCAAGGAUGGCAGGAUCAGUGUGCGCGUUGUAGAGCUGGGCGGCGGCAUGGUUCUGAUGGUUUCGAGUUGUUGCGUAGUUCUAAGGAGCUGUGCGACGGUGCAGAUCUGGAAGACCAGGGCGGGCGACCUUUUGUUUUUGGAGGGGUGCGCGACAAGGCCAACUUGUGAGCGUUGUAUGCUAGGCCAGCGCGGCUUGGUUGAGUGUGGUCGGCGUGGCAGGUUACAGUGGCCUGGUGGUGGGAGCGGACGACAUUGGACGUGCAUACACACUAAGGAGAUGAUGGUUGGGCCUGAUCCAAAUCCUGUUGGGCCUUGCGGUUUUGGGUUUCUCCCUUUUGGGCGUUUAAUUGGGCUAGGGCUUUGGCCUUUGGCCUAACCCUAUGUUUUUGGCUUUUGUCUCAUUACAAUAAUUUUCUUGCAUAUCUAGGUUCCUAUUCUAGCGCCUCCGGAGUAGUAUCAAUAGAGGAUCACCGUUACCUCUACGUAUUUAAAUGUACAACAAACUCGUCUCUCCCAAAUCACCACCAUGGACGCCAAGUUGUUACAACCUUCAGUCCCCAACAUUUCAGUCUACAGUACCCCAAAGGAUUCCCAUUUGGUCUCCAAGAUCAUUCUUACAACCUCCAGCCAUAGCUUUCCAUGCAAUCCAGAAAGAAAACAGACCCUUAAUGCUGCUAUGGCCCUGCAAGCUUCUUCUUCUCCAUCCCAUCUCAUCGGAUAUUCAGGGAAGAAAAGGGUAGAUGCGAGUGAAAGCUUGACUCUAGACAGUAUUAGACACUCUUUGAUUCGACAAGAGGAUGACAUAAUAUUUAGCCUUUUGGAGAGGGCACAGUAUUGUUACAAUACUGACACUUACGACCGUGAUGCCUUCUCAAUGGAAGGAUUUCAUGGUUCGCUGGUGGAAUUCAUGCUCAGGGAAACUGAAAAGCUCCAUGCGCAGGUUGGCAGAUACAAGAGCCCAGAUGAGCAUCCUUUCUUCCCGGCACAUUUACCAGAGCCAAUGCUUCCUCCUUUGCAAUAUCCACAGGUUCUACAUCCUUGUGCUGGUUCGAUUAAUAUAAACAACAAAGUUUGGAACAUGUAUUUUAGAGAUCUUCUUCCCAGAUUAGUCAAACAAGGAGAUGAUGGUAAUUGUGGAUCAGCUGCUGUUUUUGACACCCUUUGCUUGCAGGCACUCUCGAAGAGAAUCCACUAUGGUAAAUUUGUUGCAGAGGCAAAAUUCCGACAAUCCCCUGCAGACUAUGAGCCUGCCAUUAGAGCACAAGACAGGAUGCAAUUGAUGAGCUUGCUGACAUUUGAAACAGUGGAAGCAGCUAUCAAGAAGAGAGUAGAGAUGAAAACUAAAACACUUGGCCAGGAGGUCAAAAUCAACCAAGACGAAGACGAUGCUAAUCCUGUAUAUAAGAUCAAGCCAAAUCUAGUUGCCGCUCUGUAUGGGGAUUGGAUCAUGCCUCUCACAAAGGAAGUUCAGGUUGAAUACUUAUUGAGAAGACUGGAUUAGAUCCAAGAGAGAUUAUACUUGGGCAGUUAGCUAGUCAUAUUCUAUUUUAGAUUUUAGUCCAAGCUUGGAUUUUAUUUUAUAGUUAAUUGAUGUGAAUGACUCCUAGUUGUUUCGAUUCAACUUGUUGUUGGGAACAUUGUUUGCUAAUAAGAUCAGUAGAGGAAGGAUUCACUGUUCACCCUGCUGGGCGUACUUCAAAUCCCUCUCUACAAAAUCAAAUAACAAUGAAGGGCUAGGCUUUAUUAUGAUUUAUACUGUAAAUUUCUAAAUAUAUAUAUGCAUGGAUGGCACGAGUCUUUUGCUUUUCUA